GACGACUCUUUGUAUUGAUUUGUGUUGAUUGUAUUGAUUGUAUUGAUUGUAUUGACUGUAUUGACUGCAUUAACUUGAAGACUGUAUCAGAAACCGUUCAAAAAACAGUUUCAAGUUCAUUUCCAGCUGCUGAAUACAACUUCUGUCUGUCCCACUCAGUCUGAAGAUGAACAGACAAAGAAACCAGCAGUUUGGUGCUGCCCUGUACGGCCCAGUGCAGUACAGGCCGACUGCAGUCCCGCUGCACACGGAGCAGCAUAACGCAGUGGUGCAGGGCCUCAGAGACGCCCUGCUCUCUGCCAUCAACCAGAUCAAGUCUCUGCAAGAGAACAACAAGUCUCUGGAGGAGAAAAUCAACCUGCAGGAAAACCAGUGGAGGCAGGUGGAGAGCCGGCUCCAAGAGGAACUGCGUCAAAAACACGAGCUCCUCAAAAGGAGCCUCAAGAAGAGGCAGGCUCGCACACAGGCCUACAUGGACGUCCUGGCCCUGCUCGCUCAAAAAGAGAGAGAGCUGGAGAUGAGAGAGGAGGAGUGGAAGGCCAGGUGUGGCGCACAGGAGGAGAGUCUGCAGGAGCUGGCUGAGGAGGAGGAGGAGGAGACCAAGGUUAAAAAUGAGGAGAAAAGCAAGAUGGCAAAGGUUUACCAGGUGGCGAUGGAGGAGGUGAGGAUGGACUUGAUGGUGGUGCAGAAGUGCACCAUCAUCAUCCUUUGCAGGUUGAGCUUCAGAAGAGACCAGACUCAUCUGAACCUGCACCCAGCUGUGUGUCCAUGA